GGGAGAUUGAUUCGAAAUACAACACAGGAUUUCACUGAAGAUGUCUUCAAUCAGCUCUCAGGAGUGGUAAAUAAUACUUUGAAAGAGACAUUAAAGAGGGAGGUAAUCACAGUAAUGUCCGUUGUGAGCGUGGUACCAGCCUCAGAAAACAAGCGUAUCGACUCCACAGAGCGGCUUCUGGCUGCUGCCAUAUCGGAGAGCAGGCGAGUGUCUGGAUACAGCUGUAAUGAUACGCAAGUGGUGGAAAAAGAAAACGUUCAAAAUGUCGAUAUGGACUUUCACAGUAGGAAUAAUUCAAAGGCGUUGACAAGUAAACCCCUUAAAUCGUCAUCGAAUCCGAGCCCGGUGAUAGAUGGGCGAAUAAAUCGUGCCUAUACGUCACCGGAUAUUGAAUUAUACAAUUUAAACGAAAGUGAUGGCCCUCUUGAUUCUCGUAAAUUGGGAAAUAAUAUUUUCAGUCUUUCUAAUAUGACGGACGGGAAUAUGUAUCAGGCGACGAGUUUUCCGCGCUUGCAAAUGGACCCUCGGACAGCGGCCGGUGGAGGAUUAGCACACACAAUUAUACAGACUCAGAUCAGUUCGGACGACGAGAACGAUUCCGUAAGGCUAACGCACAACGACGAUCGCGAUGAGAAGCGGAAGGAGGAAAGAAAGAACCCUAUGUCCGACAUCGGGGCGGAUAUUAUGCGGGUCAACGGAGCCAUAGGGUCGUUCAAACAGUUGCAAAAGCCAACAUCAAUGCAGUCGUUACCCACAUCGAGUAAAAUGAGCUACACGUCGGAGGACGCGGGGAUGGCAUUAGUUGGUGGUGGGGAGUUCUCCUCGGACAGAAUGUCAAAACACUUACGUCAAAAACCAAACGUCGGCUACAGACUCGGUCGUCGGAAACAAUUAUACGAGAAAAGAAAGAAAGUUUCAGACUACUGUCUGGUGUUCGGAAUGUUUGGAAUUAUCCUUAUGGUCUUAGAAACGGAGUUAACCAUGGCAGAUAUAUACACUAAGGCAUUCCCAGGAGAGAAAAAGUAA